UGUGUUUUGUCGGUAUUCCAUAACGGGUCUGAAUGUUGGAAGCAAAGCGAAACGCAUGGCUGAAAAUAGAGGCACCGCUCCACCAUAAUAUCUGUCAACUUCUCUUUUAUAUAUUACCAACAAACGCCACUGGUUUGGCUUGAGUUGUGUGGAGGGGAAAAAAGAGGGAUCGAUUUACAGUGUCGGGUGGCCUUUUGAAGACAUGGAUACAACGGACAAUGCUUUUGUGGGUAAAGAUGAAGGGUCGGGUAGAUCGGAUCAUAGCUUCAUGGUAAUGAGAAUGCCAAUGGCUCUUCAUAAUCAUGACCACCGUUCUUCUUCUUCUUCUUCUUCUUCUUCAUCAUCAUCAUCAUCAUCAUCUUGUUAUGUUGAUGGAUUUGAUGGAGGAGCUGGUGGUGUUGGGCUCGUUGUUUGCAACACAAGCAAUCGGGAACUAUGCAGGGGCGAUAUAUACGAUGUUGUCGGUGCUGCUUCUGUUUCUGCUGCUUCAGGUUUGUUAAAGUCUCUGCACCAUCACUCCUUUUCCGCUGAUCCUUCUUUCGUCCAUAAUUUUUCCGGAGAAAUGGCAGCGCCUGUGAAUGCUGGAGUUCCUUUCACAGCAGCUCAGUGGCAAGAGCUGGAAAGGCAGACCAUGAUAUUCAAUUACAUGAUGGCAUCUGUCCCUGUCCCUGUCCCUGCUGAACAACUCAUACCCAUCACCAGAAACUCCUCAAAUGAAGCGAUGAAGGGGUCUUUGGAAUUGGGGUUUUCGAGUAAUAGCUCCGACCCGGAGCCAUGGAGGUGCAGGAGAACAGAUGGGAAGAAAUGGAGGUGCUCGAGAGACGUGGCGUCUGACCAAAAAUACUGUGAGCGCCACUCUCAUAAGAGCCGUCCCCGUUCAAGAAAGCCUGUGGAAUUGCCAAACCAGUCGUCCAAUACUGAUCACAAAUCACAAAGACUCGACAACAUAGCAUCUGAUGGCACCAAGCAGGUUCAUCAAACCGCACAUUUUGCAAGCCACAACGAUGCUCAUUUGUUCACAUCUUCAUUUGAUCAAUCCAGGUGCUUGAAAUGGUUCAUGAAAGGGGAGACCACCGUUCCUUUUGCCAGCAAUUCCAACACCGAGUGGCAGCAGUUUAAAGCACAAGGGACAAAUUAUGGGGGAAAUGCUGCCGAACAUCAUCAGCUCAAUUUGCAAGCUCAACAUCUAAACGAGCAGUUUAGCCCCGGUUUAGCCUCUUUGGGAAUAGCCUUGAAUCUAAACCAAGCACAUUCACAAGAAACCAGGGCCUUCAUCGAUGCAUGGUCAUCAGCUGACAGAGAGGUUGUUGAAAUGGAUGGAAUAGGGAGCAAAAAGCUACCACCCUCAUCUCUAACGCUGUCAAUGUCAGCUGGGAAUGUUGAAAACAUUCAAGAGGAAGACGAUGAGAACAGUCAUGGGAUGGGCGGUUUGGGUUUCGGUUUCAUGGGCUUAGCAACGGAUAAUGUGAGGGCUUUGAGACCACCACCCCAAAUGGCAGAUAACAUUUCGUGGAUGGGGUCGUCGCCUGGUGGACCACUGGCUGAAGCACUGUGUCUCGGCAUUGCAACUAGUCAGACCACAAGUACAAGUAGCUGCAGUAAGAGCACGUGAGACGUCCACCAUCACCAGCUAGCUAACUUUGGUAUUCAACUUAUGGAUAAAAACUUUAUUAACUUUGUUAAUGUAAGAACUUUGCUAAUAUUGGACAAAGGGUUUUCUUAAAUGGAAAAAUCG